UUUGCUGGAGAGCGGGACAGGCACCCAGAGGGGGACAUACAGGGCGAGGGAGUGCCAGGCAGGCGAGGGCUCCCACAGAGAGCAGCGAAGCAGCCGAGCGGGCGGGCGGUCGGGGGAGUUGACCAAGUCCAGCACCAUGGGUCUGCUUGAGUGCUGUGCCAGAUGUCUCAUCGGGGCACCCUUUGCUUCGUUGGUUGCCACUGGCUUGUGCUUCUUCGGGGUAGCGCUGUUUUGUGGCUGUGGGCACGAAGCCCUCACAGGCACCGAGCAGCUCAUUGAGACCUACUUCUCCAAAAACUACCAGGACUACGAGUAUCUCAUCGACGUCAUCCACGCUUUUCAGUACGUCAUCUAUGGCACGGCCUCCUUCUUCUUCCUCUACGGAGCCCUGCUGCUGGCCGAAGGCUUCUACACCACCGGUGCCGUCCGGCAAAUCUUCGGGGACUACAGGACCACCAUCUGCGGCAAGGGCCUCAGCGCAACGGUAACUGGGGGCCCGAAAGGGAGGGGAGCGCGAGGCCCCCAGCGAGCUCACUCGUUGCAGCGAGUGUGUCAGUGUUUGGGAAAGUGGCUAGGACAUCCUGACAAGUUUGUGGGCAUUACCUACGUCCUGACCAUCAUCUGGCUCCUGGUCUUCGCCUGCUCCGCGGUGCCCGUCUACAUCUAUUUUAACACCUGGACCACUUGCCAGUCCAUUGCCAACCCCAGCAAGACCUCGGCCAGCAUUGGCACCCUGUGUGCGGAUGCCAGGAUGUACGGCGUCCUGCCCUGGAAUGCUUUCCCCGGUAAGGUAUGCGGCUCCAACCUGCUCUCCAUCUGCAAGACCAGCGAGUUCCAGAUGACUUUCCACCUCUUCAUCGCAGCCUUCGUGGGGGCGGCUGCCACGCUGGUCUCACUGCUCACCUUCAUCAUCGCCGCCACCUACAACUUUGCCGUCCUCAAGCUGAUGGGCCGAGGCACCAAGUUCUAGCCUGCGCUGUGGAUCCCGGCCAGACCAAAUGCCCUUCUUUUCUCUAACCUCGAGGCUUUAACACUGCAGCCACCCGACACCAGGUCUCCUGCCUUAACUCUGCCUUCGCCGCUGACUCCCCUCCUCUUCCUCCCUCGCAUCCAUCGUGCUGAGCGUGACCAGGAAGGAGAGCUUCCCACCAAUGGACACCUCUUCAUGCACUUUUCUCUCUCUGCUCAUCCGUAACCGGUUCGCUCUAGGGCCAAGCCCACCAAAACCAACCAGAGAAGAGGAGGGACUUACUCCAGUGUCCCAAUGUUGCCUAGAGAUGAGCAAAGGCCUUCAUGCUCCUGGGAGGAGGAAAUCCAUGUAGGUUGCUCUACGAGUAGCAAGGGGCUACCUAGAGAGAAAAGGAAGUUGGCCCAGUCCUGGUACCAUUGCUAGAGACUCUCCUGGAGCUGUCUGCUGUCACCACCCGUGGAUGGAGAAUAAGGACUUUUUUUUUUUUCUUCUUCUCCCUUAGCACAGAAAGAUGAUGAAUUUACCCCAAAUUGCCUGCUGCAGCCAAGGCAAAGGGAGUUCAGGGCAAGGAUCUUCCCAUUGCGGAGAAGAGAGUGCUGACCCCAAUGCUGAUAAAGCCCUAACCCAGCUGCCCCUUAUUAAAGCCUAAAGGAGUUUGGUGUCUCUCUAAGACAAGGGGGGGACUCUUGGCUUUACCCUCCAGGUAAAGAGGUGGCAGAUAGGUUUGACCGAGAGGGGAUGUCUCUGCUCUGUGCCCCAGGAGCGUAAAGCCAGAGCCACCCCUUGGCAGGCAGGGGGGAUGUCCCCCCCCCGGCCUGCCCACCCUUGCCCUGCCAGCGCCGCGCUCGCCGCACGCUCUCGUCCCUUCACAAUGGUGCUCUUCUCUGGGGUGACGUCUGCUUCUCUAACCUCCGCUGCGCCGGAGAGCUUGGUUGGUUUCUCAUCUGUCUCAAAUGUAACUUUCCCUCCUCCUUGUCCACCCUCUUCCCCUCACUUUUCUCCAACCCCUCUACAUUCCACAUUUCCUGCAAGUCAGGACAACUGUCUUGUGUCUGCCAGGGCUGGGGGGACCAGCAGCAUCUCGCUUCCAGCCCAAACCCAUGAAG